GAGCACAGAGGCCCGACCACGGACACGGACACGCGCCAGAGCCGCAUCAGGGUCAUGAGAGAGAUCGUAGCAGGCCUCGGCAUCGAGGGAUCGGAGAGCGACUGGGGCCCGAUAUACGAGGAUCAGGGCUCUUUCGUCGAGCGCGUGUGCCAGCACACCACUAACAUCAACUUGGACAGCCUCUUGACGAAGUACGUCGGCGAUCGCCCCAAGGGCAGCACGAAGCCCGACAAGGUCCACCAGCUCCUCACAGCAGCGCAGGAGAAGGCCGACAAGGAACAGCGGAACAAGCGCAUCAAGGCCAUGAGGAAGCUCGUGGCGGGUCUCAACAUCGAGGG